AAGGUGUGAAGGGCAGAUAAAACUUGUACCUUCUCCUGUAAGUUCCUCUAUCCAGAUAGAGGAAUUCAAACUGAUUUAGUGAUUUUCAUUUAGGUAACAAAAAAAAAAAUUGGUAGUGGACUGUCUUACUUCAGAGUAAAGUGGUGAAAGUGGUGCCUGAUUAUCAGAAAUAAGGAACUCUGUACAGAUGCGUAAAUCUCUUAUUUUGGAAGAGGGCCACAACAAAUGGGGGAAUUACAUUAAGAACAGCCUAUUUAGGUUUAACAUUUAAUUGUCCUGCCACUCUGAGAGUUUCAUAGCAACAAAAGAUUUCUGCUGAUAUGUUCAAGUCAUGCAGGAACAGGCACUGCACACUGCAUUGCCACCGCGCCAUUGUGCGUGCAGUCCCCAGUCACACCUGUGUGACCGCACGGUGCCCACUCCUACCGGCACUACUGGGUUUUCUCCAGUAUGUCUAGUCCCUGGAUAGUGGGUGCACAAUGCCAGUGGGCUGUGGUGUGCUAUAGUGUAGCAGUUCACAUGGUACAGUUUUCAUUUACGAGCAUGUUUCUGAACAGUUAUUUCAGCAUGAUGUUGCUAUGCUAGGUGUUCUGUGCAGAAUCUGUGAUCAGCUUAUCAAAAGAUGGUUAGGCAGUCAUGCGACUGCAAUAUUAGUCACAUUUUUCAGUCCAGAGUAGAUAAAAUGGCACAAAAGUCUGAAUUGUAAGACGUUCUUUAGUAAAUUUGUGAGUUCUACCUAAAUGAUUGCACCUAAAUUAUGGCCAUAUAUUGAUGCACUAGGAAAGGGCUGUAUUGAUCCCAUUUGUAUACAAGCAAGACUCAAGUUUCUGUGUGAUGCAAUGCAAACUCCUUUGAAUCCUGUCUGCUGUCCCUUCUUGAUUCUCAUGGGGGAAGUAGGAACAUGCACUUUAGCCUAAAAUGAUCUUUUCUUCUGCAAUCAGUCCCGAAUGGUUAGAUUCCUUUAAAUUCCCCCUCACAAAUUUAAUCCUGUCCUAAUCCCAGCACCCACGUGUAACCUCUUUGCGCAGUAUCCCGGAAACCAAUAAAUGUGAAAAACAGUCAUUAAAAGCUGGUAAUUAUAUGCAUCUUGCAAUUCUAUGGGGAUGUAGAUGAAUUAGUCAUACUUUACUCUGUGUUCUCCCAGGUUUUUUUUAUUCUUUUAUAUUCCCACUUAAAUGAGACCCUUUUAUUAAAAUACUGUUUCUAGUUAAACUGUAUGUAGUGAAUUGAAAAUAUUCACUUAUUCAAGGCAUUUUAGAAUUUAAAAAGUAGAAGUUUUAGCUCUGCAAAGCCUUUCAUAUCUUUGUUUAAAGAAAACCUAAUUUCUAAUUUUACAUCUUGUUUGAACAUCUAACAUCUAGAAUUUUUCAUCUUCAUUUGGAAAAAGAAAACAAUUAGAUAUGCCUGAAGGAUGGUUAGCUUUGGCAAACAGCUCAAAAGAAGAGAAAGUAGAAGGAAAUGAAUUGGGCCCCAUUCCACAUUGCUGUGUUCCUUCCACUAAGAACAGAUAAGCCAUGCUGAGAACAUAUAAGAUCUGUUGUAUUUGCUGACUUCAGUGAUUUAGACUGUUUGCAGAAUAAUGCCUACAGAGUGCUGGUAUAAAUAGAAGAUAAGAGGUGAGUAAGGAAAAGGAAAGAUACCUAGAACUUGGUGAGGCCAGGCCACAUGUGUAUGUGGAAGCGUGGGAGAGAUUCUCUGCAUCUUCUUUGUUACUUCUUUCUCAACAAAGGGGACUUUCAGGCAUUGAGCCAUCUGCAUUUACUGCCAACAGUAAAACAGCAGCAGCUAUGCUGAAAGCUUGCAAGGAGUUAAACAAGUGUCUCUUAAAGCCAUACAGAUGUUUCUAGAAUAAUAGCUUUGUACACAAAACUACAUUGAGUGGCAAUUGUCCAGCCUCCAGAUAAAUACAAAUGCUAAAUUAAUCUAGGUAAUCUCCAUGGAAGAAGUAUUUAUUUGGAACAUUCCAAGUCCUGUAAAGAGUUUAUACCUAGUCAAACAUCAGAUGGGCCUUUAAAAGUCUCUCCACUACUGACAGGGUUGAAUCUGCUUUUUGAUUUGGGUAGCCCACACCUCAGAAGAAGGACAUUUCUACCACAGUACUUGUCUUGAAUAAAAACAGGCAAGCUUUUCCACUAAAUAUAAAGUUUUACUUUGUUUUUAUGGAAGUCAUUAAAACACGUGCAAGAAAACACUCAAAUUGCUCAUCCCAUAUAAUAGCAUGCAUAUGAACUACAACUUAUUUAGUGAAAAGCAUCCAAAUUGCCUAAGCAUUUUUUUUCAGUGUAUUUCACGAAAAGUUGACUUGAUAUAGCAGAGGUGCUGAGAUUACAGGAACUGCAACAUCAGAAGGGAAUUUUUCAGAGGUUUGGCAUUCUUGAGGUACUUUUAAAUAAUCUCUCCAGUAAUUACCUAACAAUAGGCUUUAUCUAUUCAUUUUUAGGCUAAUGGAUUAAGGUCUUUGAGCAUUUGUUGAGUAAGGAGAACAACCACCAGACCACUCAAAGACAUAGUUAAAUCAAUGCUACCAUUCAAGUUUUUAAAGCAAAAGGGGUUUUAAAGUCUCCAGGAUUUCAUAUGCUGGCUAGUUUUGCAAUAUCACGGCAUGAGGUAGGACAAAGAGGAACAGUACUGAGGAGAACUUGACAGUAAAAUACCUAUUUGCAAUUAGGCUUCUAAAAUAUUAAUAUGGUUGUAAAGGCAACAUCUGGAGGGUGAAGAACUUCAUUUUACCAUUGCUGAUGGUGUGUGCUUCAUUGCCUACUCAGAGAGUCUGGAUAUAGCAUACAGGAUGUUUUAUCUAUGUGGGGUAAGUUCGGUCACAAAUACAGAAUGUGGAAUAACCUUUUUGCUUAGUACUUUCAUGCUGCAAUUUAUUGAUACGCUAUUGAACCUUGAAACUGAAAUAAAUGAAUCUUUACGGUCAUUAAGUUUACUCCCCUACAGUGUUGGUUGCGUCUAGAACAAAAUAACUUUGAAAGAUAUUCAUUGUGAAUUUUACUCCAUUUUUGCCGUUAAUGGUAGAAUAAGCUUUGGCCCUGAUGUUUCCAUUUUCUUUAUUUAUUUACCGUUUGUCACCUUCUAAAACAAAUUCAUAAAUGUUUGCCUGGAAUAGUUUACCAGUGUCUAUGAAACAUAAAAUUAACUUAAAAGAGUCCUAAAAAGGAGUUUGAGUUGCCAUACCAACAGCCAUUCUUGUUCACUACCCAGAGCCGUACAUUUAGAGGACAAGGAAUACACAGAAGAAAGAUAAAUCCCCACGUACUGCACAGAUGAUCAUAAUCCAGGAACCUUUGCAUGAUAUUUUAAACAUACAAUUGCGUGGAUCAAAGUAAAACUCUCCUGUGACCUCCUCACCUCAAGGGCCUGCAUUCAACAGCACCGACUCCAGUUCCCUGCCAGUUGCGUGUGCCACCGGAGGACAAUGAACAUACUGAGCAGCCACCACUUUCUGUACUUUUUGCCCACCACUCGCCUUGUCAUCUUACUAGCAGCUCUGACGACUGCUGAGGAUGUGACUAAUAGCACUUUCAACCGCACUGACAUGAACACGGGUUCUGUGCCUGUGGUCAUCUCCCGCAUCGACCAUAUUAUAGUCAAGGAGGGGAGUAGUGCCUUGAUUGACUGCAAUGUCCAAGGUAGUCCUAGUCCGCAUUACAGAUGGUACAACUCCAAUGGCCAGCUGCUCCAAGAGGAAGAGAAUAAAGCAGGAAAAUGGUGGUUUCUUGACAAUGGGCUACUAAACAUUACCAGCGUGUCUUUUGAAGACAGAGGUAAAUACACAUGUGUCGCAUCUAAUAUGUAUGGCAGCGUUAACAAUACUGUGACACUGAGGGUUGUCUAUACUUCCGGAGAUAUGGGAAUCUAUUACAUGAUUGUCUGCCUCGUAGCUUUUACCAUUGUUAUGAUAUUGAACAUUACCCGGUUAUGUAUGAUGAGCAGUCACCUGAAGAAAACAGAGAAAGCAAUCAAUGAAUUCUUCAGAACAGAAGGAGCAGAGAAACUCCAGAAAGCCUUUGAGAUUGCAAAGCGUAUCCCAAUUAUCACUUCAGCCAAAACGCUCGAGCUUGCCAAAGUAACACAGUUCAAGACCAUGGAAUUUGCUCGCUACAUCGAAGAGCUUGCUCGCAGCGUACCUUUGCCACCUCUCAUCAUGAACUGCAGGACUAUAAUGGAAGAAAUUAUGGAGGUUGUCGGUCUGGAGGAGCAAGGACAGAAUUUUGUACGGCAGACAGCAGAAGGCCAGGAAACCACUGAAACAGAUGAGCUGUAUAUGAUCCCAAAUGCUUUGAAGCGCAGUGACUCUCCCACAGCUGACUCGGACGCAUCGUCACUGCAUGAGCCACCUCAACAGAUUGCAAUAAAAGUGUCGGUUCACCCAUUGUCCAAAAAGGACUGCAUGGACGGUCAGUCACAAGAAAGCGUGCAGCUGGACACCAAGGAAGAAGGCACUCCUCAAACACCAGCACUUCCUGUGGAGCCUCCUCCUGAGCCUUCUGCUGAACUCAGUUCUGAUGACACAGCAUUGGCAAAUGACAAAAGUACAUGUGUUAUAUAUGAAAGCCAUGUAUGAUAGUUACUCCUGAAUCUAUGCAUAGCAGGAAAAUCAGGUGGAGCUCUUUUAAAAAUGCAUAUUGUACUUGCCGCUAAGCCUUACCUGGAGACUAUCAUAGCAAAAGCAUGUAUGUGGAUUAUCUGGCACUUUCUUCUCAAUUUGACUUUAGUUUACCAUAAUGUAUGGCAGAAUAAUUGCUAAUACAUUAAUAUUAAUUGCUCUUUGGGGUUAGGAGUAUUUCCAAGAAACAUUUACCUCAGCAUUUUCUAGGUUGGAGUCACCUGUAAGUGGCUUCUUGAAGUCACUGGUAGUUUUUGAUGUAGGACACUUGAACACAAAACUGGUUUUCAUUUUCCUCCUUCAUUCUCAUUAUUUCCAUCUAUUGCAUUUUUGCAAGUAUUGUCUUGUGAAUCUGAAUUAUUGCCCAAGAGGCAGCACUCCAAUAGCCAAAUAAAAUCCUAAUAGAUCUCAUUUACAAAGCCUGUUUGCUGUGCUGCAUUGUGAUUUAGAGGGCUAUUAAGGAAAGUUAAAAUGUUUCCAUUUCAUUUGAGACCAGGCUGCUUAGGCACAAAGGGAAAUAGUUUUCUCUUUUCCAUGGAAUGAAGAUGCCAACAAGUAUUUUUUUCACAUCAAGAAACAACUUCAAGGUGUAUUUUACAGAUAGGAAAGCCCUUCAACAUCUUACAGAAUGCUGCAGUCACAGCUCUGCAGGGUGUUUUUGCAUGUAUUUGACCAUCUCUGACUCUGCCAGAAGUUUAUAUGGAAAACAGUUGCAAAUCUGCCAGAUGUCUUGUUUUGUAGUAAUUUGGUAGGAGUAAGUAUGUGCAGCCCUACUAGAAGACAUGCAGGUGCAUUAGCAGCAAUCCUGCAAACUCCAGGGAACAGCUGAUGAAAAGGCUGAAAUGGCAGAAGACCCUUUUACUGGGAUUCUCUUUUUUUUUUUUUUUUUUUUUUCCAGAUUCUUAUUCUGAGGGGCAAGCCUAAAUUCAUCUAUAAGCAUGAGUCUGGGAAUGUUUUAUCCUAGUUAAAAAAACAACCAAACUAAAAAGCGUGCUGUAAAAUUACAAUGACGAUCACACAAACUGCUUACUGUGUUAUAAUUUCUUUUGUAUUUCAAGAACCUCCUACAUAUGUAGGAUGUUCACUACUUGAGAACACGUGACUUUACCCCAGUAAAGCUUUAAUGAUUAUGGCAAUUGUGGCAUUAAAAAAGAUCGACAUUUAUGCCAGGAAACGCGAGGAGUGGAAGGAAAGUGCUAAUUUCUAUUGCGGACAGACAAUAAAAAGGACCUUUUCUGGAGUGAGUCUGAAAAGAAAGCACUUCCAAGAGGAACCCUUGUAGGCUUAAUAGCAUAUUAAUUAUCUGACACACAUUUAAUUUGGAACUAAUGAACAAUCACCUGAUAGUUUUUAAGAAAGACUGUAGUGUAAGUAUAGAUACUCAAAUCUGGAAUCGAGUAUAUUGAAGAAAAAGAAGUCAGUUAAGUCUAUGGGGAGAUGAUGCACAGAUAGCUCUCCGAAUGUUUUAUUGAAGUAGUCACAUCUACAUGUGUCCUUCAGAGGUAAUCAGCUAUAUUAACUGCACAGGUCAUUAAGACAACGCAAAGGCAAUGUUGCAGCUAUCUGUAAAAACCAAUGAGGUUUUUUGUGGACUUCUUAAAGAGCAGAGCUUCAAUAGCAGUGUAGUACAGGAACACCCUGUGACUUCCCUUUGUAUACUUAUUAAAAAAUACUUGUUUAAUAAAGGUCUUCAGAUAUUGCAAUUGAACUUGUGAAAAUUACAGCAUUUAGUUGCCUAACAUUUGUGCUUACCACUGUGGCAGGCAUCUAUACAAAACGCAUUUGCACAUACCCAAAAGGAAACACGCAGGGGCAAAGUCCCUUUAGGAAUGUGGCUGGACAUAUUUUAGAAGCAAUAUAAAUCUAGAACACAGGGUAGAGCACCAUGAGGAACCUCACUUCUGACCAGUGCGAUUGAAAACACUUCUGAUGCAAACUUAAUUCCUUGUCUGAGUCCAAAGGACAUUUCUGUUCAGUGUUCACAUCAGUUUUUCUUCAAGUCCCUUAAUUUGCUUCUAGUAUGAAAAAAGAUGAGGGCAGAAACAAAAGCAGGAACUUGCACUGAAUUACUUUUAUUCACCUUAAUCUCCUGAAAAGAUGCAUCUUGUUUUUUUACCUGCCCAGCACUUACAAACGAUGUAAUUCAUUUUGAAGUUAUCUGCUUGGUGCCCAACUAAAAUUGCUCAGAUGAGCAACGAUGGUCUCUUUCAAAGCAUAAAAAUAACUUUAAAAUUGCACUUCAAUAACAAAAAAGGUUCAAUAUUAGCUUAUUGUAUUAAAGUACAGUAUUUAAUUUUAAUAGUAUUUUAAUUAUAAAUUUUUUACACUGUGUAUCAGACCUCUUCACAUAUUCAUGUGGAGAUUGGGCAUCAGGCAGUUCUGACCCUGACUGCUGCCCAACCUGUUUAUUAUUUAUUUAUUGAGCAAUAUGGAAGAGCAAACAAUCCCCAUGGUUUUCUUUACUGUCCCUGUGCAAACUUCCUUGAAGAUACAGAUUAUAUUUUUUUCCAAAGGUUGCCCACAAAGAUUGUGUAUUUAAAUGCAAGCACACUUUGCAAACCAUUUAUAAACAACAGUUAUUUGGAUUAGAGGCAUGUAAUAGGUACAGUGCUGAAUUUCUGCUGUUGCAAGGUCAAAAGGAACUUCUUUGACUUUGCUGGAGCUGGAGUCACUCAGAGCUGAGAGGCCACACGUAGGGCUGGCCUAGCCAGUAAAGCCUCUGGACAUUGAGCUUGGUGAUAUUACCGGAAUAAAAACAACAGCACUGUAUCUAAAGAACAUACAGAUUGUAAUGGGUCUGUUUUAUGUAUUCAUUCUCUUUUCAUGUGUCUUUAUGCAUCUAUUGUAUAACACCUGAAAGAAUAAAGCUUUUUACAUGCUUUCA